AAACGUCUUAUAAAUAAAAUAAAAAUAAAAAAUCUGAAAAUCAUUAAUAAUUUUAAAACUAUUUAUUAUUUUUCUAAAAUUAUAAUUUCCCACCUACUGUCUCUUCCUUUCUCUUUUUAUUGGGAUUGAGCGGCAAAACUCUCUCAUUUCAUUUCCUCCAUUGUUGUAACUCUCUCUCUCUCUCUCUCUCUCUGAGAAGAAGCCCUCUUCAGUCUCCACCUUCCGAAGCCCUAAAGCUCAAUCCUUUGAGUCUCUGAUUGAAGAAACACAAUACACUUAUUCAUGUUCAUUUCAUCCACACUUCACAAUCCACUUACUUAGGUUUGGUUUCUCAACUUAAGUAAUGGAUAAUAUGUUUGGGAAAAAAUACAGUCGUAGUCCUGCCAAAAAAAGGGUUAAAAAGAUGCCAACAAUGGCUGUUGACAGAAUUUCGGAACUUCCUGAUGCAUUGAUCCAUCACAUCAUGUCGUUUCUUCAAACUGAAGAAAUGAUUCGAACAUGUGUUCUUUCAAAGCGUUGGAAACUCUUGUGGUAUUCAAUGCCAAUGCUUAAUUUCUCCAAUUUAAUUUGGCCUGAUCAGAUGUUCAUCAUUUUUCUUGACAAUUGUUUGGAACACCUUAAGAAAAGUGUGAAUUUUACAAUCGAUUCAGUCAUAACGAGCUUUAGGUUUUCAAUGCAUAAUUACUUUCGAGGAAUUCAUGCUUAUCUACUAGAUGAAUGGUUAGCUUUUGUAGUUGAGAAUAAGGUUAAGGAAAUAAGUCUUUGGAUUGAUGUGGAUUCUCACUACUACUACAUACCUAAAAUACUAUUCGACAAGGCGAUUCAUUUAACUUCUUUGACUUUGUUUGGAGUAGAGUUGGAUACUUCUUAUUCAUUUAGUUUUCCAUCUUUGAAAACUCUUAAUAUGGAAAAUGUUCAACAUUCAAAAACUUCUAAGGAAGAUGGGGUAGUUAAGUUUUUGUUGGGUAGCCCUUCUCUUGAGGAAUUGAAUUUAUGCGAUUAUGUUUUCUUUAAGACUAAUCAUGAUGUUCAGUUUCGAUUACAGAGUUCAAGCCUUAAGUUCUUGAAACUUAGACUUGUAGAAGAUGAAUAUGAAUUAAAGAUUCAAGUUGAUGCCAUAAAUCUUGAAUCUUUAAAGCUUCAAGGUCUUAACAUGGAUGAUGUGAAUCUCUCUUCUUGCAAGAAAAUUAGAAAUUUGACUGUGUUUCACUGUGCAGAAUAUCAGCCAACAUUACAAACUCUUAUUUAUAAUCUUCCUCUUCUCGAACAUUUGACUGUGAGAGACUACGAUUCAUGUUUGGACCAUCUUAAAGUUUCUGGUCAACACUUGAAAAGUUUCAAAUUUAAAUACUUUUAUGACAUGGUCAAUGCUGUUACAAUUGAAUCGGCUCCAGAAUUAGCUUACUUUUAUUAUAAAGGAAAUGCCAAUCGCAACAUAUCGAUAAAGUCAUCUAAUUCAUUGGAUGGGAAAAUAACACUUUCUGAUCCGCCGAUUAACUAUGACACAAUGAGCUAUAACACCGACUGGUAUACCAAUAUGUUGAACUUCCUUUUGAAUCUCGAUUGUUCUUGGAAUACUCUAAGCCUAAUUGUUUACACAGCAAAGGCUCUCAUCUUGCCAGAGAAGUUUAAGAGAUUAUGUCGUUCUCCUUUGCUUAAUUGGAAGCAUCUCAGAGUUAUUACUUAUAUUGAUAAGCCUGAAAGAGUGUCGGAAUUGAAGGACUCCUUGAUGUGGAUUUCACCUUCUUUAGAAAUAUUAUCGAUUACUAAUGAUGAUGAGGACGAUUUUUUUCCAUAGAUAUGAUUUGAAAUGGGGUUUGGAGAUUAGUAUUUUCAGGGUGGGAGACAUUAAUGGAGGCUAAGUAAGUAUGUCAAAGAAGGGACUUUUCUCAAUAUGGAGAUUGGAGGGUGACAAGAGCUUGUUUCGCCAACCGAAAUGAAAGCUUUGAAAUCGGCAACAUCCAAUGCCUGCUGCUGUAUAUCUAAGCUCAAUAAUUGGGGUGAGUAGUUUGAUUUCAAUCUAUUUGGGAUGAAAGAAAUACAUAAAUGACCAAAAUGAUUGAAUUCAAGAUCAUGUGAUCAAACUGGUAAAACAAACUCAUCCCAUUCUUUGAAGAAUUAAAGAGAUUGACUUUAUUCAACAAUUGAAGUUGGGUGUCUGCUUUUGGUUCUCUGUUUAAUUUACAGUUUAUUUUUUUUUUGUUAAGCUUAGACUUUGUUUCAAAUAAGCUACUGGUGAUAAAGAACAGUAUAAAAGUAUGAAAGUUAAUUUAUCAAAUUGGUGAGCAAAAUAAAUAUUUGGGGAAUUACUUUA